GCCACGCCGCGGGGCGCCGCCGCCGCGCCCGCGCAGGGCCCCGGCGGGCCGGCGGCGCCGUGCCCCGCGGCCGAGUCGGACGUGUACGACAUGGAUUGGAGUUCCGUCUGCCACCAGGCCAGCAUCGGCAGAGAUUCGAGCCCGAGGCCCGCCGUCCUCGACAUGAUGCUCAGAAAAACCAAGCAGAUGGAGGACCAGCUCAUGUGGCUGCGCGGCAUGAUCAAGCCGCAGGAUCAGGAGGAUCUUAGUCGGAUUGAUCGGCUCGACGAGCAGCUGGAUGGCCAAGUGCAGGCCGCGGAGCAUCCUGCGGCCGCCGCCGCUCGGCCCGCGGCCGUGGACGCGGGGGCUCUCGGCCCCG